UUGGCUCCCUGCGGUUUCCUUGGGGACGUGGCGCCGCCGGCGGCUCAGGCCUCCUUCCGGCUGGGUAAGAGGCCGCGGAGAGCACCUCCAGACCCAGCAGAGCGGUGCUGAGGAAGCCGGCGGGCUUCUCGACCCGCUGCAGACUUAGGAGAUGCCUGGGACAAGGAGACCACCUUCUCAGGGCAAAAGGAAAAGGAGGUGACAGGCACUGAGACCACUGAAGGGAACCCAUGGCUAGGAUCAGUUUUUCCUACCUCUGCCCAGCCUCCUGGUACUUCACUGUGCCCACAGUGAGCCCAUUUCCCCGUCAGCGGGUGGCAUUCCUAGGACUCUUUUUGAUAUCCUGUCUCCUUUUACUUAUGUUAAUCAUGGACUUUCGACAUUGGGGUGCUUCAUUACCACAAGAUAGGCAAUAUGAAAGAUAUUUGGCUCGAGUAGGGGACCUUGAAGCUACUGACACUGAAGACCAAAAUCUGAACUAUGGACUUGUUGUGGACUGCGGCAGCAGCGGCUCCCGGAUUUUUGUUUAUUUCUGGCCAAGACAUAAUGGGAACCCCCAUGACUUGCUGGACAUCAAACAGAUGAGAGACCGAAAUAGCCAACCAGUGGUUAAAAAAAUCAAGCCAGGAAUCUCUGCAAUGGCAGACACUCCAGAACAUGCCAGCGAUUACCUUCGUCCUCUGCUGAGCUUUGCGGCUGCUCAUGUGCCUGUGAGGAAGCACAAGGAGACCCCCCUUUACAUCCUUUGCACAGCAGGCAUGAGGCUUCUCCCUGAGAGAAAGCAAUUGGCUAUCUUGGCUGAUCUAGUGAAAGAUUUACCUCUGGAGUUUGACUUCCUCUUUUCGCAGUCUCAGGCAGAAGUGAUCUCUGGGAAGCAGGAAGGAGUUUAUGCAUGGAUUGGAAUCAACUUUGUUUUGGGAAGAUUCGACCAUGAGGAUGAAUCAGAAUCUGAGGCUCCCCAGGAAUUGGCAACAGGGCGCAGAAGGACGGUAGGGAUACUGGAUAUGGGAGGAGCCUCUCUCCAGAUUGCUUAUGAAGUUCCUACCUCAACUUCUGUUCUUCCUCCACAACAGGAAGAAGCUGCGAAGAUCUUGCUGGCUGAAUUCAACCUGGGCUGUGAUGUUCAACACACUGAACAUGUGUACAGGGUUUAUGUCACAACCUUUCUGGGUUUUGGAGGCAACUUUGCGCGGCAGCGCUAUGAAGACCUUGUGUUGAAUGAAACUCUUAACAAAAACAGGUUGCUGGGCCAGAAGACAGGUCUGAGUCCCGACAAUCCAUUCUUGGAUCCCUGCCUGCCUGUAGGACUCACAGAUGUGGUGGAGAGGAACAGCCAGGCUCUGCAUGUCCGAGGAAGAGGGGACUGGGCAGCUUGUGGGGCCAUGCUGAGCCCCCUGCUGGCUCGCUCCAACACCAGCCAGGCCUCGCUGAACGGCAUCUACCAGUCGCCAAUUGACUUCAACAACAGCGAGUUCUACGGUUUCUCUGAGUUCUUUUACUGUACAGAGGAUGUGUUGCGCAUUGGUGGCCGCUACCACGGGCCAACAUUUGCCAAGGCUGCUCAGGAUUACUGUGGCAUGGCUUGGUCAGUACUCAAUCAGAGAUUCAAGAAUGGCCUCUUUUCUUCACAUGCAGAUGAGCAUCGACUCAAAUAUCAGUGUUUUAAAUCAGCUUGGAUGUACCAAGUUCUCCAUGAAGGAUUCCACUUUCCCUAUGACUACGCAAACCUGCAGACAGCCCAGCUGGUCUAUGACCGAGAGGUUCAGUGGACGCUGGGAGCCAUUCUGUAUAAAACACGCUUCUUACCACUCAGGGAUCGACGGCAGGAAGGUGUCCGACAGGCCCAUGGUAGCUGGUUCCGUCUCUCCUUUGUCUACAACCACUAUCUCUUCUUCGCCUGUAUCCUAGUGGUACUACUGGCCAUCAUCCUAUACCUUCUGCGACUACGCCGAAUUCAUCACCGACAAACCCGAGCCUCAGCCCCACUGCUGUGGAUUGAGGAGGUGGUGCCCAUGAUUGGGGUACAGGUGGGGCCGUGAGGCUGGACAAGUUCUCAAGAAGCUCAGCUACCCCAGAGUUGCUGCCCAUCAAACUCCACCACUUCCUGAUACUGGCCUCAGAUGCUGUUUUGCCUGAUGUGGAUAUUUGGCCUUGGAAUUUCUACUUUAGUAUCUACUUUAAUUCCAUCUCAAUAUCCAGGUCCUCUUCUCUGAGAGAAGCUGUAAUUUAGUCUGUGAAGAACUAAAUGAAAGAUUGGUGCUAACAAAGGGGACCAAUUUUAGUCCAAUUGAAGCAUGCUUCUCCUUUAGCUGGGAGGUCUGGUGUGUUCCUGGGAUCUAGACUUUUUAUCCCUUGCUAAAGCAUGAAGUUUGGCAUUGGGCACACUAGCAACCUGGUUGAAACCAAAUCUGGAGCAUCUGAUACAAAGCUGAAGACAUUCUAGCAAGGGCAGCAGCCCCUUCUUUCUCUGUAACAGAGAUAUUUUUAUGUGGAGAUCCACAGUCUUUAAUAGGGAUCCAAGAUCUUUCUUUGCAGUUCAGUGGAACAGAUAUGAAUUUGCAGGCAACCAAAAUACAACCUCCUCACUUACUUGACAAAGAAGCCAUUAUGGGUGUGGUCCAAGAUCCCUGACAUACAGUUGAUGUUAAGUUUGUGAUUUUAAAAGUUAGAACCCUUUCUAAAUGAAUGGUCCAUUGAAGAUUUUAAUAGUAUGUUAUCAGAUGCCUGGUAUGACCAGGAUAGAAACAUUUUCCAUGUCUAUGUGCCUCAUAGGCUGUUUGGGCAUUAAUUUUUCUUUCUGAGCCUUAAAUAUGCUUGUAGGAAUGGAGAAAUUGUGAUGGGGACUGGAAGCCUAGAUUUGUCUGGUUUCAGGUCACUGUCCUCUGGGCCUAUUUUUUUGUCUUAUGUAGGAAGAUUCAAAAAGAGUUCCUUUAUUUCACUGCAAAGGCCAGUAUGUAGUUGGAGAAGGGAUGCAUUUGGGCUGUUUUUAAAGAAAGAAAGAACAGUAUCAGGAUGGUGGGCAAAGGCAAUACAUUCCAAGUUCUUAUUAAUGUUUUUCUGAGAAAUAGAAGUUUUCUUCAUUCAACUCUUGGAAUAUCUGAAAAGAAGCAAAUCUCAAACUUUGGGAUGAAUAGAUAAAUCUGUUAAUAAGCCACGUAGCAACUUUCAGAAAUUAUUUAAGAGAUUUCUCAAUCACAAACAGCAUUUCUAUUAAUGAGAGAGAAAAUGCUGUAGUAAUUACAUUCUCAUCUGUGACCCUUCAGGAGCUUUGCUUCUUGUCUACAUUGAGUCUUUAAAUUGCAUGAGGAUUUCUUUUUCAUCAACUCCCACCUUCCCUCAUGGAACCCUCUUUAUGCUUUGUCCUUUUAAUGUCUGCAUAGCUUAGAAUGUCCUGCCCAAGAAUAUUCUCCCAGAGUUGAAGUAGUUUCCUUUUUUGUCAGCUCUGAGUUCUAGGAUUACAUGAGUAGGGGAAAGGUCCUUGACUUUAAAGGGAAAAAAAGUGGAAUUCUUUUUUUUUUUUUUGCGGGGGGUGGUGGUGGUGAUUAGGUUUAUUUAU